AUGUCGGAGCUGGAAUCCCUGCUGCACAGCUUCCUCAGGGUGCAGCCCAGAGUCUUUGGGGCGGUGCUAGUGGUGGUGGGGCUGCUGCAGGUGGCCUUCGGAACCCUCUUCGUCAUUGACAACUGCGCUUACACGGAUAGUGUCGGCAUCCACUUCUUCCCAGGAAUCCUGUUAUUCUUGGCUGGCAUCAUUGCCAUCGCUGCUGACAGAGCACCUAGCAUGGCCCUGAUGAAGGCCUGUCUGGUGAUCCAGAUCACUGCUGCAGCUGUUGUCAUGGUGAUCAACUUCCUCUACCUGAGGGACCUGCUCUCCUAUCUCAGUUUUGCCUGUGAUCUCCAGGACCAGCUCCAGAAUUGCCGUGUGCAUGAUCAGAUCAUGGUCUACUGCACAGGCAUGCGGGGUAUUGCACUGUUCACAGCGACUCUGGGGUUGUGCCUCACUGUUUCUCUGGCAGCAUUUGGAUGCAAAGUUGUCUGUUACCAGAACUCUGAAGAUGAUGUGCCCAUUGUUGCCCUUAGCUCUCAUGAGGAAAAAGCAGAUCCUGAGUGA